GAAAAACGUUUCAGCUCAUACUGGUAAAAGACGUAUCUAUGACAUUGCUAUCUACAGAUCACUUUGAUGUAUGGGAUCAUGCUCCUAUGCAAGGUACCCGGGAAGCAGUAGAGUAGCCAUCGAGGCUUGACCUUACAGGCCUCGGUCGGUUUUGACUGGACUUAAACAACAUGGAUAAACCGAAUAGCAUAAGCCGCUUCCUAAAAAUUAUCUGCGUUGCGUCUUUUGCGCUGUUGCAAAGGGAGGUUUCGGCAGCUGAGGGGAAUGGAGUCCACAUCGCCUACCUGACGGAUUGCACGAUGUACAGCGACUGGCAGACCGUAGCAAUGGUGUUUAGCUACAAGCGUUCGCGGCAACCUCUGGAUUCGACUCUUACUCGGAUCAUGUGCUGCACCGAGGAGGAGCGGAAGCGAUACAACGAGCAGCUCUUAUCGAUCGUGGAAACCCAUGUGGCUCACUCGUUUGCCCGUAACGAGAGGACGAACGAUUAUUACGCGGCGUAUAACAAACCAGGAGCGGUGGUUGACUGGCUCCAGCACGUAAAGCCGAAAGAGGAUUGGAUUUUGGUGCUGGACUCGGACAUGUACCUGCGGAAGCCCUUCUACCCCCAGUUCUUCAAUGCAACCCGCGGCUGGUGCGUGUCAGCGGACUACACCUACAUGAUUGGGGUGAACAAUGACUUGGCGGUGCGACACAUCCCGGAGAUUGAGCCCCGCAAUGACGUGCUGGCGGGGCCGCGGGGUCGGCGCGGUGAUCAGGUCGGGGGCUUCUUCUUCAUGCACCGAGAUGAUCUAAGCCGUGUGGCGCCGCUAUGGCUCAAGUACACUGAGGACGUGCGCGAGGACCCUGAGGCAUGGCGCUUAAGUGGCGACCAGUACGUGGAGAAGGGUGGCAAACCUUGGAUUUCCGAGAUGUAUGGCUACGCCUUCGGGGCUGCGAAGGCGAACGUGUGGCACAAGUGGGACAAGCGCACCAUGAUGUACCCAACAUAUAGGCCCACAGAGGGUAUCCCCAAGCUCAUGCACUACGGGCUGCUCUUCGAAGUUGGAAAGAACUACUCCUUCGAUAAGCACUGGCACUAUGAUUUUGACGUCACCAAGUGCCCUCCGUGGGACCUGACGGAUCCCAAGCGCCGCCGCCAUGGUAUUUUCCCGGAGCCACCGCGUCCCAGCACGCUCAAAAAGCCCCAGGUGUUCUCCAAGCCCAGUGAUGUGGUACCGAUGGAGGACUUCCUCAGCUAUUACCGCGACCUGCUGGCCAUUGAGACGCUCGCAACUCUGAACGCUGGUUUCUGCGACUACCACCUCUCCCACUGCCCGCCGUCGGAGCAGCUGGUGUCGGUUUGCAAAGAGGUGUUCAGCUACUACAAUGAGGCCCGUGAGUACAUCAAGGAGGCCGAGUCGCGCUACGACUGCCAGGACUUCCAUCCCAAGUGCAAGGAGUGGACGGGCGAGGGCGAGUGCGACAAGAACAUCGCCUACAUGACUGAGAACUGCCGGAAGAGCUGUAAUCGCUGCAAGGCGCAGGAGCUGUACUUCCCCGAGACCACCACCAAGGAGCUGGAGGAGAAGCUGGCCAAGAUGGCCAAGGAGCUGCAGCCGCUGUCGGAGGACCCGGACCAGCAGAAGGGGGCCACGGGCACGGCGCCCAAGACCUCCAGCCCGGCCAUCAUCCCCAAGCACGAGCAGCCGGUUGUUGUGGUUCCCCGCAACACAGAGCCCGAGAAGAAGGCAUCACCGCCCCCAAGUCCGCCACCACCCAGCCCGCCGCCUCCCAACUCGCCACCGCCUGAAAGCCCCUCGCCGUCGCCCAGCCCGCCGCCUCCAUCCCAGAAGAAGGCAACGCAGAAGCAGCUCAUGAUCCGCUGCUACCGCCUCGCUCUGCCGCUGGACGAGGUGAAGGACUGCGUCAAGGCCGCCAAGGAGGGCGUCUCUUACGAGCCCAAGAAGGUCACCGCGCCGGCCAACACGCACUCCGAGGCUCACCUCGCGGUGGAGUCUGACUCAUCCACUACCCGUGCCUCUGUCGUGGAGCCGAGUUCAACCACCAACACCAAGACGGAGCGUGUUGUUUCGCGCGACCUGGAGGACCUCUCGAUCGCCCAACACGCGGACAAGAAGGCCAAGGCGCCCGUCGUGGAUGCGGCCGCUGUGGGCUUCUCCGUGCGCGCGUUUUUGGGUCGCCUCACAACAUGGCAGGCCUUGCUGCUGUGGGUGGUGGUGCUGGUGGCGAUCCUGGCAAUCGUGCCCCGCGUCUCACGGCUGAGGCGGCGCGCGCGGUCGGGCAUGCGCACUGAGUAAUAGCUUGCUUGUUCUAGGAUGUGACUACGUGUGGGACGUUGACAAGGCGGAAACUUUGGGUGGAGUCGUGGGUUGGAUGAACGGGUAAGGGAUCAGGUCGAGCAACAUGCAUUUUGACUUGCGUAGCGUCGGUAUUGCAUGUGAUUCCUUGCUAGCUGACACUUAUCGGGACUGACGUUUGAUAUUGGCAUCUUAAUAGGCAAUGUUCAUGAAGGGUACAUGCAGGUAUCGGUAUAUGAAGGAUACAUGUUGUGGGGAUGAUA